AUGACAUCAAGCGUUACAAGCAAGCCAUCAACAGCAAACAAGGGCAAAAGCAAAUCAACAAAAGCUACUGAUAGCAAUACUGCAAAAACGAAAGGUAAAAGCAAAGAAGUUAAGAAGAACACUGGUGAUGGUACAAAAACACAAGACAAGAGCAAGGUACAUAAGAAAGAUACUGCUGAUCAAACUACAACCACAAAAGGAAAGAAAACUCCAAAUAUACGAACUCCUUUCGAUAAAGUUCUUGAAAAAUUAUCGAAUUGUGCAUCUUCAUCACCUUCACUUGUUGAUGUAAUGCAAGAAAAUCUUCAAGAACUUCAAUCAGAUGAAAAACAUGCGCCACUUUUUAAUGCUGCACCACAUACAGCUGCUUUUUUAAAUAAGAGAUCACAUGAUUCAACUAAAUUUAUCGGUGGAUUACGUCAAGCUCUCAAUGCUGAUUGGUCAAAUCCAACUUGGAAAUCAUGGAAUGAAAUUGAUACACUCUUUCGUCCAUUCAAACAACAAUUUGUAUAUGCUAUGAUGAGAUUUAAUUGUACUUGA